GACCUUUCGGCCGUCAUGGCAACCAAACUUCGCAACCGGUUGAGAAAAAGACAUUUCAAUUCCUUAUCGGCAACUAGUUACGAAUAAGGAUUUUUUUUUCUUUGUAAGCAACUAGUUGCCAACCAAGAAAAUUUUUAUCGACCAUGGCAACUGAGUUUCUCAACCAGUUGUGAAAAAUGAUUUAAAAUUCUUUCUUGACAACAAGUUGCGUCAAAAAUAAUGGGAAGUAAUGGGUUGACAAUCUUUGCGGUCAAUCCGUACUUAUAUUAAAUCCUAUUUCUAGAAUUACUGGCCAGGAUUAUUUUUCCUUUUAAUUGAUAUAUGUCAAUUAAAUAAUAUGUCAUUAAUUUUCCCUGUCAAGUCAGUACACAUAUUUUGUCGCGAACUAGCCUCGCUUGAAAAAAAACGAAUUUUAUUUCAUUGUGAUGUCUACUUCAAACAUAUAUCCAAAUUCCUCUACAGUAGAAUAUAUAACUACAAGAAGAGGAGGUGUAUCAAUAUUACAUGAAGGACGCCGUUAUCAUCGUAAAAAAAUAUAUAAAAAUGGAGACUCAUUUUAUAAAUGCUAUGUUAAAAAUGGAUGCAGAGGUAAUUUAACCAUAAAUGCACGAAAUGAAAUAAUUAAAAUAACAAAGGAACAUGACGCAGACUGUGAAGCUGAUAUUGGAAAAAAUUUAAUUUUGAAAAAGAUGGACGACUUGAAGCAAAGGAGCAGUUGUAAUUUUAUAUCGAUUCAAAAACAGUAUGAGGAUGUUGUCAAAGGACUCAAAAACGACGGUUUUCAAUUUAUAAAUAAAAUACCACAGUUUAAUAACAUAAAGACGGGAUUAUAUAAUGAAAGAAACAAAGUUUUGGGCGUUGCAAAGUCACGUUUUAAUAAUUGUCAUGAUUUUAUUGUACCCACUAAAUAUAAAAAUUUUUGUGUUGCUGACUACGUGGAUGACGAUAAACGAAUCAUCGUGUUCUGUUCUAAUGAAAACAGAAAGGAGAUGAAUAAGUAUCAUCAUUUUUACGCUGACGGCACUUUUAAGUGUUGUCCGAAAGGAUUUUAUCAACUAUAUUCAAUACAUGGAUACAAUAAGAAUAACAAUUCAGUAGCUCCUUUAAUUUUUGCUCUGCUGCCGGAUAAAAAAACAGAAACAUACAAAGUUUUGUUCAGCCUAAUCAAGACAAGCAUCGGUUGGAACCCCCAAAAAAUAACCCUUGAUUUCGAAGUGGCAGCAAUAAAUGCAAUUAAAAAAGUAUUUCCAAAAAUUAUAUUCAAAGGCUGCUACUUUCAUUUUAAUCGUUGCUUAUGGAAAAAAGCAAAAGCUUUAAAUGUCAAAUUAAGAACCGAAAAGAGGCAUGUUGCACGGUGCGUUGGUUUAGCUCGUCUUCCUGUUCAAUACAUAGAAAAAGGAUAUGAAUAUGUUAUGAGCAAAAACCCUAGAAAUCCAUCUGACGGGUUGCAAAAAUUUAAUAAAUACUUUAAUAAACAAUGGAUAAAGAAAAAUGAAAUGAUGAUGUCUUGCUCUUGUGGUAACGAAAAUAUAAGAACUAAUAAUAGCCUUGAAGGAUGGCAUGCGAAAAUUAAUAGAUAUAUUGGAAGAAAAUAUCCAACGUUGCCACAAUUAUUGGAUAUUCUGUCAACAGAAUAUAAAUCUUAUGAUUUAAAUAUUAAAAGUAAAAAGAAUAAAGAGUAUAAGGCAAUUGACGAGGAGAUUGACCAGGCGUUGAGUGAAUUAGUAGAAAAAAAGAUAUCUGUUGGUCACUGUUUGGAGAUUAUUAGCCCUUUUGCAAUUUCGUUUUAGCGGUUUAAGUCACUCAGUUAAUAUAAAUAAAUGAACACUAUUAAAAUAUAUUUGUUUUAAUAUAACAGGGACAAUAACCGCCUCCGUGGUGUAGGUAGUGGUUUGAGCGUUCACGAAGUCACGGGCUACAGCUAGUACGAAAUCUAUGUACUUAUUGAUCAGUGUUUGUAUUCGAUGAGGACAUUACUACAUUGUUGCGUAAGAAGAAAUUAAAUUCUUAUACUGCAACUAGUGUUUUUGAGAAAUUCCUUGUUGGCAACUAGU